CAGUGGAACCUGAAUCAAUAAGCUCAGCUCAGAAGAAACCCACCGCACCAGCACACACAAUGACACCAAAAUGUAGCAAGGAAAACCCUGAAGCUUGGGCCCGGAUCUCUGCUCCGCGGAUUAUUCCAACAAAGCCCAACUUCGGGGAAUGGCAGACCCAAAGAGGAUCUCGGAAGUUGGACCAGGUACAAAGCUAUCUUAACUCAAGAAAGGCUACUAUUCCUCCAACUUUCGAGAAUCCAUUCAAGGUGCUUGAGAACCUUUCAGAAGACGAUUACCAAGUACCUCAGUGCAGAAAGCAUAAGAGUUCGGUAAAGCGUCCUUUGGAGACGUCUAUGGAAUACACUUCUUCAAUUCUUUCUGACACGGCAACCUUAGUUGACUCCGCAAAGAGUCCAUACGAGGAACCGGGUAAAAAAACUACUAACUCCGAAUUUAGCACAGGAACUUUCCAGACUUUUGGGUUGAAGGAAAUCCCUUCUCUCAUCCUCCCAAGAAAACCACCAUUUUAUACUACGGAAUAUAAGGAUUUGGAAAUUGCACUUUUGCUUGAAAACCGGAAACUCAAGCAAAAGGCUUCUGAAAAUCCUGUCCUGGAAUUCAGAAAGAACAAGCGCUUUGUUCCUAUCAAGGAAACUCCCGAAACUUUUAGAAACACAUCCUCUCCACCUCGUGUGCCAUCACCACCUCGGAUCAUACCAGAAGGCGAGUGGCAGGUCCAAGGAAAAAGACGUAGAAGAAAUUUGAACCAAGGCAAAACGUGUUCCCUGGUUACCCAGAAGCCCGAGAACGAUACUUCGGUCAUCUUGCCAGAAACCAUGAUUUCUCCUGAAGGAAGAGUGGCCAAUACUCCAGCC